AUGGCAUCAUGGAUGCCCUUGAUCAGAGAUACACAAAGAUCCAGGAUCGCACUUAUCCAGCACGACUACGACUGGGAGUGGAUUUGGUGCCGCCAGAAUGAAGAUGGCCUAAUCUCCUUCAGCGCAUUGACAGCUGAGAGAGACGACAAGAUUAAUGCGCAGCAGAGACAGCCAGCAAGACAAGUAAUUUAUCGGCAAGGGCGAGAUAACACUUGA